AUGAACGAGAGUGAGUGGCAGCUAAGAGUGAGAAAUAGCCAAUGGUAUUAUUUUCGGCUUGAGUUUGUAUCAUACAAGAAUGUACACCCAGAUCCAACUACAUGGAAACUAUCCAUUUUGAAAUGUUUACAACAACUAAGAGGCGUAUUCGGAGAGGCUAUAGAUUUUGAUGUGCUUUCAAAUGGCACCAUUAAUGAUAGUGAAACUAUUGUGCGUGUCCCAUUUCCGGAUAGGCAAAUGUUUGCGGAGUGUAUAUCAGCAGGCGACCUCUGCGAUCUAGAUGGUAGUAUUAGGGUAAUAGGAAAAAGCGUUUCCUUGCAGGGUGUUGUUACUACAAAAAUGUAA